UUACAGAGUGUCCAUUGUGGGCAUAAUAAUAGCGAUUUGGCGGGCAGUCAUUGGAAUUUGAUUAUCUUAAUCUCUUUGGUGUAAUAUGAAUUUUCUGUUCAAUCACGUUCAUAAUGCAUAACUUUUCAAGUGAAUACAAUACAAGUGUAUCUUACUUUAUAUCUUUACUGUCCCCUUAAUUCUUUCAAUGUUUUCACCUCCAUAAGGUUUGUGUUAAUCAUAAAUCUGGAGAAUAGAAAGAAACUACACCUCACUACCUCACUCGACUCUUUAGACUAUAGAGACAGGACCAAAAAGAAAAUGCUGGAAUAGAUCAAGAACCGAAUUAUAGGGGACGUUACAGUACAGUACAUCUUUUUUUCAGAAUUCAGCAGCUUGAUAGGCCUGUACUUGAAGCACAAUGCAUCCAACUCUAAAGGGCGCUGUCUACGUUACUGCACUCUUUAUAGGAAGCGAAAUAAUUUACCAAAUAUACCGAAAGUACAAACGUAAGUCAAAACAUCGAAAAGAAAACGAAAGUAAAAGUAGAUUGAGCAAAUCAUCGUUGCAAGUGUUAUUUUUCCCCGACAAAGAUGUUGCCUGUCGUGAUUACUUUAUUUCAGGAGAUGGUUGUUUCAAAAGUAAUUGUCAGUUUUCCCACAGUAAAACUUCGUUGAGUGAAUUGUGUAAACACAUGAUGUCAAGCCAGCGUUCACUCGAUGUCUGUGUCUUUGUAAUAACAUGUAGAGACCUGGCAGAUAUUUUGUUGAAGCUCCACAGACGAGGUGUCAAGAUCAGGAUCAUCACUGAUAAAGGAAUGUUGCACACCGACGGGUCGCAAAUUUGGACUCUACAGAAGGAAGGGAUUGCUGUACGAACAAACAACUCAAGUUUCUUUAUGCAUCACAAAUUUGCCAUCAAAGAUCAGCAAGUUCUCAUCAAUGGUUCAUUCAACUGGACUCGCCAAGCUAUCACUGGGAACCAGGAGAAUGUGCUGAUUACAGAUGACCUCGCUGUGACCUCACAAUUCAUGGCAGAAUUCCAGAAACUUUGGGAGCACUUUGACACCAGUUGAACGAAGACAUCAUCAACUUGUGAACCGGAUACCUUGGGGUCUAUGGAUAUGAACGACCAUAAUACAUUAUGUACAUGUAUGCAUAAAAAACCAUAGUGAGAAAAGAGAAAAGUAGACUACACUUUGUUAAAUGAGAACUUGUCAUGUUUUGAACAGGACAUAUGGUCACUGCGCUAGCAAAAUGGCAGAUCUCGUUUUUUGCUACUUUUGAGAUAAAUGGAAAAAUCUUUUUUACUAGACUAAUAAUUAUCAUCUAAUAAUGGUAAAACUUGUCUUGCAUGUUUUUCUUGUGACUCCAGCACAUUUUUUUUGGGUUUUACCAAAAGAUAGAUAUGUGAUAUCACCAAACAAAAUUAAAGGCAAGUUACAUUUUGGCACAACACUGAGUUAUGCCAUUACAACACUGAGUUAUGCCAUUUUUCUAGCGCAAUGACGAUAUCAUGCAUCAUUGGCUGUUCACGUUUUGAAUAGAAUAUACCCUAGUGGCAGACAAUGUCUCCAAAUAAGAUAAAGUUGCUGAGAUGCAGCUCCAGUCCAACAUUUCCGAAAAUUAGUGAUAUUAUUUGCUCUUAACAUGUCAAAUCUUGUACAACCCUCCUAGUCCUAGCCUGUGUAACACUAGUUCUUUUUUUUUUUUUGCAUUUGAUGACCAGAAGCUCAUAUCUGUACAUGGUGCUGCAAUCUUUUGGAAUAAUAUAACAUGGCCACCUGUCUAAGACAGGCAUAAACAGUUUGCUUGAACCAAAAUCUGCAGGACCGCCAGAUUCUUUGGUUUAACCAGGUUUUCGGUUGAGACAGGUUACUCAAAUUUAUUCAUUUGCUGACAGCGUACAGUUGGGAGUACCCAUUUUUACGGUAAAUUUCACUUUUUGAAAGUUUUUCCUCAACUACCUCACAGUAACUGAAAUACAACUGCAAGCUUUCUCUUUAAAAAUGUCAGCUUGUUUAAUCUGUCAAAGUCAAACAGUCACACAAGACAAAUGAGAGAGUAGGGCCUACGCAGUGAAGUAAGAAAGAAAGCCCAAUUCCAGUGACAUCAUGAAACACCACAUGCCAUCAUAUGUAUGGGGCCUAUGUGAAUCAGCUUCAUAAGGCCAUGACCAACUUAAGUUCACAUGACAGAAGUGUAUCCACUAUCCUUGCGUCACUAGGCCCAUAUACAGUGUGACGCAGAUAGCUCGAAUUCGUCGGGACUGGCCUCGGUAGUUCAAGGGAUCCGUAGUUCGAGGAAUAUCUUACACAAAGAUAAAAA